AUGGAGGUCAGAACCUCGGGCGUUCAUGCUUCCAGCUCCGUUCUAUCCUCUCAAUCUCCUCACUCCCCAUCUGAUUAUUGGUCUUCUCACCUACCUCAGCAUCCUUCAACAUUGCACUCCAAUGGGAGGCCUGUUGCUGCGCAUCAACUGCGUCUUCUCUUCCCCUCAGCGCACGGUGAAGAAACCCUUAAUCAUCUCAUAUGCUCCAGUUUGAUAGUUGCAAUGGUCUGGUCAUAUUUCCAGAGAAUUUUUUACGUCCCUGUCAUCUCUAAUCAGACCAUCCAGCAGAAGAUUUCUCUUUGGAUGUCGAAGCCAUCUCCUUCUUCUUGCCUCAAGCGGCUGUUGGGUCUUGCCCCUGCUCUUAUUUCCUGGGAAAUUUGGUUGAGCCGCAACGCCUCACAUUUUAAUGGUAUUCAAAUGUCAGCACAGAACAUUAUUUUUUGGAUCUCCAGAUGGAUGCAGGAAAUCGUCAACCCUCUUCCUGACAGCGCCCUUCCGCCUCCUAGGGACGUCGCCACUCUCCAGGCCCUUCAUCUUGAUUGCCAUAAAGUUUGCUUUGGUGCCAUGCCUGAGAUUGUUAAAUGGACGAGACCUCCGCCAGGCUGGUUUAAACUGAACGUCGAUGGCUCUUCUUGUCAGAACCCGGGUGAGAGUGGUGGUGGUGGCGUACUUAGGGAUGCCCAUGGUCGGGUGAUAUUCGCUUUCCAUAGGUAUUAUGGCCUUACCGCUAACACGGUUGCCGAGGCCCAGGCUAUGCUUGAUGGUAUUACUCUCUACAGAAAUUUGGGUCUUUCUAGCAUAGUUGUGGAAUCUGACUCUUCGGUGGUGGUGGAAGCGGCUGCGGACCCCAAUGCCCAUUGCCCUUAA